AUGAAACUAAUUGGAACUCCUGAAGAGCUCCAAAAGACUGCUGAUUAUUUCAAAUGUGAAUUUGAGAUGACAGACCUUGGAAAGACAAAAUAUUGUCUUGGCUUACAUAUUGAGCACAGUGCUAAUGGAAUUUUGGUGCAUCAAUCAACUUAUACUGAAAAAGUAUUGAAGCAGUUUGGCAUGGAUAAAGCCCAUCCACUUAGAAUUCCAAUGGUCGUUCGGUCACUUGACACUAAGAAAGAUCCAUAUCGUCCGAAAGGGGAUGAUGAAAUGAUACAGCCCUGCUCCAACAAGCCGACAUUGGACCGGCAUCAAACAUAUUCUACGAUAUCUUCGUGGGACUACAUACAUGGACUUAUUCUAUUCCAGUGUAUCGACCAAUGCCCGAGUAUUGUUGGAUAUGCUGAUGUAGGAUACCUCUCUGAUCCACAUCAAAGACGCUCACAAAUUGGGUAUGUGUUUACAUGUGGAGGAACUGCAAUCUCAUGGCGCUCAAAGAAACAAACGUUGGUAGCCACAUCUUCCAAUCACUCAGAAAUACUUGCCCUCCAUGGAGCCAGUCAUGAAUGCGUUUGGUUAAGGUAA